AUGUCAUCCAGUAGAUAUAUUUUGAUCCCGCCUGAGGAUUUGCAUCCGUUGACGUCCAACACAGGUAAUGAACAGAAUAUCUACCCCGAUUUUGAUCCAUGGGCACACACAGAGAUCGAGGACAAGAUCCUUCUUAGCUUUGUUGCCAAGGGACACUAUACAAGUGCGAAGGUCAAUUUUGAAAGCAUCUCGGCGCGUUCAUCGCUGCAGGAAUCGCUGCCGAAGGUUGCUGGAAUGCUGGCCGAGCAAUUCUCGAAGGUUGUGCAUCUACGUGAGCAAACGAUAAAUAAAGUCUCCGGAGAAAGUGAAGAGAGCAUAAGGGGCAAGGCGAAGUUUACAGAUUUAGCUGGGCCCGGGUUUUCGCUGCCCAACAGGGUGACAUUGACGGACCAGCGGCGGACCCAAUGGUUGCAAGAGCUGAGCUCCCCUAAUGUGUCUCUGUCAAAGCUAGCAAAGUCUAUACCGCAUGGGUUCAAGAGGAAGCAGAUCUUGGAACAGUGUUACAUGCGGCAGCUCCCGUUGCAGCGCGCUAUUUGGCUCAUCAAAAGUAGUUAUUCGAUAGAGUGGAAAUCGCUGACGAGCAAAUUGAAGCCAGGCCAGACCAACGAGGGAGUCGUUAGCCAGCUAUACAACCUGUGGACAAAUAGCAUGGUAAGCAUAAUGGAACGGUUGCUUUUCGAGAUGCCAAAGUACUACAAUGAUACCGCGCAGGCAAAAAUAUGGAAACCUCGGGUCUCUUACUAUAUCAAUCUUCUCGGCAAUUGCUACAAUAUGGGCCUGAUGGAUAGAGGCGUAUUCAACCACUGGCUGGUCGAAUUCGUGGAAAAGGUGGAAAAUUUCGAAUUUUUGCCGUUGUCCCUUCAUUUACUAAAUAUAUUCUGGUCUGGCAUCUGCCCUCCGACACAUGGAAUUGAAGCACCAGAUAACUCGUUUCUGAUAUCAAAGAUAACAGUUGUACUUUUGCACAAACAUCAUAUGAUUUUGCAAAAUAAAUCAAUGAUUAAUGAUGAGAAUUAUAUUAUAAAUGACUUGCAACGCAAUGCUCGAUUGAAGGAGAGUCUUUUACUUCGUUUGAAGGCCUUUAUUCUGGACAUCUUUCACCAUCAGUCACUGGAGGCUUUUAUAAUGCCUAAUCAGAACUGGGAUCUUUACAAGAAUUGUUUAUAUGAGAUUGUAACUAUGGACAAAACCAGCAACGAACAGGCGAUGGUGAUUAAAAGAAAACUGGAGUUAAUUACAUAUAGGAAUGAUUCAUUACAGUUCAAUUUGCUCAAGCAAUACAAAAUGAAAUCAUCCUCCUUAUAUGAAUCCGACGGCGUGGAAAUUGAUAAUCUUUGUGACAUGCAGAGUAUCCUAAAUGUACCGUUCCUGGAUCCGGAAAUGACUAAAAUAUUGGAUAACGCCACUCCUGGUUAUGAUUGGACUCUCUUUGUUCAGCAACGGUUUACGUGUAUUGAGAAGGUCGCUCAAAUGAUAAUGUGGGCCACUAACCCCUCGAGGAAAGCACGUUAUGAUGGUGCACACCUGGUGGCCAAACUGCUACUUCUGAAAACCACAUCGCAGGAAAAUCUACCUGACUACAACAUGGAGGAUAUGAUAUGGAAGCUAGUGUUCCAUUUUUCAAAGUUGAGUGAGAGAGAACUCAGCAACAUCGUUGAGCUACCUAGCCUUUACGAGCUGUUGAAUAUCUUCAUUGGCUACGGUAUUAUUAAGGUACCUACCUACAUUCGAAAGCUGAUAAGUUCUGGUAUAAUGUAUAUUUCAGAUUCCAAGGAUAAGUUCUUCCAUUGUGAGCUACUGAUUAACCUAAAGAUUUCGCCAUUAAUGAAAAACCAAUACAAUAUGAUGCUCAAAAAUAUCAUGGAAUAUGAUGCCACUUACUAUGUGAGAUAUAACUACGAGCAAUUACAGAUACAGUUGAAUACAGCGAAGGAGCAGAUGCUUCAGGAACAAUUUGAACAUAUUUCUUGUCUUCCUAUAAGUGUUAAGAUAUGGGUUUCCGAGUGGUAUCUCAGCUACGUCUGCUCACCGGUUGACAAUGUGCUAAAACCUGUAGAUAAGGGCACUGUCAUAAAGAACUUUACCAUAUUUGGGCUGUACCUGAAAGAAAUAUUCCAUUUCUACAAGUGGGUUGAAUUUAUUGUCUAUCACCAACUUUUGGCAGAUAUCAACGCACUUUCUGCACUGAUUGAUGUUCUAUUAUAUUACGAGAACCUUUUCCCUCUACUUAUUAAUGAUCAAAUUUUGUUCAUGAAGACUCUCAUCCACAUAUAUUCAAAGGGCCUUAAGAACAAAGAUAACUUAUCCUAUAACAUUACGGAAUUCAAUCCCUUCUGGAAGUUUUUCAUGAAGCAUUUCCCCUACCUUGUUGAAAUAGAUUCUGACUUACAGUUACAGCUGGGAGAAGUUUAUGAAUCGGAGAAAAUACGCAUUGAAAAAUUGACAAAAUCAAGCGUAGAUGUUAUUACUCUCUAUUGUAAUAUUAACCAAGUAAACGAGGAAAGCUUCAAGUUUGGAACUCAUAACUUCCCAGGUAUUUUCCAACAAAAUUUGAAAAUCUUGUUGAAAACUGAGAGUGCUGAUGCCUGCGAAAGGGCGAGAAAAGGUUUAUCCUUACUAAUGCUUGCCAAUUUGGGUGACUAUACAAAGUUCAUGUCCAUUUUUUUGAAAAGGAAGGAUUACACAAUUGAGCAGCUGGUCAAACUCAUAUCAGUGAAACUAUUGACUUUGGACCAAAUUCAAAAGAUCAUUGGUGAUGACAUUUUGCGGGAGAUAUUAAGCAGAAACAAUUAUGGAGAGGGACUAUGGUAUGAAUUACACAAGCGUAACUUUAUUAAGAAAAAUUUCAAAAUUGUACUUUCGAUGUACCGCAAUUCUACCUCCCUCGAUGAUCGAAAAUUGUUCUUAGAUUUGUUAGUUUUCUACGGCCCUAAUUCCCGGCUACAGGAACAAGUUACCACUAUCAUCUGCAAUUGUCUUAGGGAGUCUAACGAGGAUUAUUCAUUAAUAUUAUCCCUCCUGAGGUAUGGGACUAAAAACAUAGACCAGGGGACCCAAGAAACUAUAAACAUUGCUAAACUAUAUGAGAACCUGAACUUCACGAAUCUCUGGAUUUUCCAAGCCUUUACGAAUUAUUAUACGGAGGCCCUAUUUAAUGGCGCGACGAGUGACGGACAGACGAUAACGAACUUUGUCUUCGAGCUGAUUGACCUGACCCGGUACAAUGUAUUAUGCUCCCACUUAUUUGAUAGGGUAGCGAAUUUCGAUGUAUUGGAGAAGUUAUUGGAAGUGUUCGAAGCCGAUUUCUUUAAGAAAUGUCUAUCUGAGGAUCCAGACGAUGUUCACUUCUUAGCAGUAAUGAUUGAGACUAUUAUGAAUCUCUCUCGUAAAAUGAACCAGAGCAGUGCGGUGAUAUCGAUGAAUAAUGAAUCCUUCCGGCUCCUCCAGGCAACAAUGUUGAAAUUCACAAGCAUGAACAAAACCGCGCUCUGCAAUUCAGAGAUGAAGUUGAGCAUUUAUCUGAAAAUAUUUAUUGUGCAUCAGAAAUUCAUCUUUCAAAAGGUAUGCGACUCGCUUCGGCAGGAUAGAUAUGAUGCCGAAGCAGAUCUGGUGAAAUCUUUGCGACUACUUUUUGAAAAUACGGGGUUCAAACUGAAACUUCGUCUGCUACUUUAUGAUAUUCUGUCCUCACUAAAGUCCUUUGUUAUCUAUGAAUGCACCAAGAAAAGUGAAUCGAAGCGGGAAACUCGGAAACUACAGAUCUCGGAAGCAUUACAGAAUCUUCCUCCCUUCCAUAUUUCGUCUUUUCUGGAUGAUAUGUCUAUCUCUGCACAUGGUGACUUUGAUUUUCUAGGCCUGACCGAGCAACCCACUCCCGCGGAACCAGAGGAAGGUAGCCAGUUUUUCUUAUACAAUAAGAGAACUAGAGAAUACGAAUGUGGGUUGAAUAUCGAACCCUUCCAACUGCUUCCGAAUCAUCAGAGCAGGGAGCCCGGGUCGAGCUGUCAUUUUUUCAACGAUACCGCGCUCAGCCUCAGUUUGUUUGAUGCCCGGUUUGACAAGAAAAAUCCCACGUAA